AUGCGCGAGUACGAACAACUUGGUCACAUGCACCCUAUUCAGCAUCAUUCAGGCGACCCAUCUCAGGCAUACUACAUUCCACAUCAUGCAGUCAUGGCAAAAUUCCGAGUCGUAUUCAAUGCUUCCGCAAAAACAUCGAAUGUCAUAUCAUUAAAUGAUACACAACUCGCUGGCCCCCCAAUACAGGAUUUAUUACUUAACCUUUUGCUUCGCUUAAGGCAGCAUCGAAUAGCAUUCACAGCUGAUGUAGAGAAAAUGUUCAGGCAAGUCAAGGUUGACGAGAGGCACAGGCAGUGGCAACAGAUCCUCUGGCGGGAAUCAUCCGAUCAGCCCAUUCGCACAUUUCAAUUGGCUACCAUUACAUAUGGCACAACCAGUGGCACAUAUUUGGCUGUUCGCGCUAUGCAGCAAUGUGGCAGAGACAAUUCUUAUAAAUUCUCAGAUGAAUUACGAGCUAAAACUGCUUUGCACAGCAUCCUGAACGAUUUCUACGUAGAUGACUACCUUAAGAGUACACCUUCUAUUGGCAUGGCGAUUCAACUGGCGGCCGAUGUCUCAUCUGUUUUGGCAGACGGUCAGUUCCAUCUCAGGAAAUUGAAAUCGAAUAGCGCUGAAGUCUUGGCACAUCUUCUUGGCGAUGCUGAUCCAUGUCAGCUUAAUCCGCACUUGGCAGAAACUACUGUUCUUGGCUUGCACUGGGAUCCACUCACCGAUGAACUCUUCUAUCAGGUCAGCUCUUAUGAUGCACAACAUCUUACGAAAAGGCAAGUGCUUAACGAUGCCGCAAAAUUAUAUGAUCCAAUUGGCAUGUUGGCACCAGUCAUCAUUACGGCUAAACUUUUCAUACAGAAACUCUGGCAGGCAAAAUUGGCAUGGGACGACCCAUUACCACUUGAACUGUUGCAAGAAUGGCUCAUAUAUCGAAGGCAGCUGUUCCAACUGGAGGCAGUGCGAAUACCGCGUUGGAUAGGCAUGCAACCCGGAUAUCAAAUACAACUUCACGGCUACUGCGAUGUUAGUGUCAAGGUAGUGGCUGCAGCACUCUAUUUGGCAACAAACCACAAUGGCAAUAUCACUAGACACAUUAUCGCCUUACCCUUGGCGUUGCAUAACUACGCAUUAUGGUGGCACGGUCCUAAUUCCAUUGAUUAUUCAAUCAAUGAGCUGCACCUCAGUGCACCAGCAGAGUGGCAAUAA